UGGCCUAAUAUAUUUUUUUUAUUUAUUUCUAAAAGAAUGUAAUUUGUUGUUGCUGUACAUGGCUAACCGCGAUGUGUUCUCCAAAAUCUUGCCAAAUGUCAAAUUGGCAACACGCUACGAUGCAGACGGUCGGGAAAUUCAGGUGGAACGGCGCGAGGAUACGGAUGCUGCUGCCAAGGAGUUGGACACAUUUGACAUACUCGUUGCAGCCGGAUACUAUCGCGCACGCAUCAAGGGCUUGUCAGGCUUCGACAAAGUUGUGGGCGGAAUGACCUGGUGCAUUGAAUGCUGCGACUAUGAUGUGGACGUCGAUUUGCUCUUCCAUGAAAACUUAACAAUCGGACAAAAAAUCGCUCUUGUAGAGAAAAUUGUUGCGGUUCUGAUUGACAUGAAAUGCCCACAUAGCCUGGAACCGCAUCAGGUGCAAGGAUUGGAAUUUCUCGCUAUUCAUCCAGUUAUUCAGUGGCUAGUUAAGACGUCUGUUGAAAACAGAGAAGAACGCGGCCAGCGCUUGAAGAGAUUUGCUAUUGGCCAGUUCCACAAUGACUAUCAGUAUAAAAGUGACAAGGAUAAUCUCACAAAGAUACGCUGUGCCGCUGUCAACAUAAAAUCCAUACAGGAACUUUAUAGUCCCAAGAGGCAAUUUGAGCGCCAGGAAACCAAUUGCGAAGAUGAUGCACUACGCGUGCGCCUAACGUUGCUAGAAUACGGCGAUGCUGGGCCAGUGUCCAAACAGAGUGUGGAGCAAAAGACAGCAUCAAACGCAGAUCAAAUCGAUCCUGAAUUGGAGAGAAAACUGCAGCAAUUGUCUGUCACAAAAGUGGACGCUGUCGCGGCACUGAAGCGCAUCGAUCUUGAUCCAGUCGCUCGUAGCGCCUUGCAGCAGCAUUAUGCUGAGUUUAAGCUUGAAAUGGAAACGGAUGCACAGGAGCUUAAGACACAGAAUCAACAGAAACGCUUGGAGGCGGCAAAGAUAGCAUUGGAGCACAAGAUUAAACGCUACAGCAAGGAGAAUAAGCAAUUGGAUGUUUCAGUUGAGACGCAAAAGCAAGAAACCGCAAAGCAGGAGCAAAAUCUGCGAGCUUUGAAUGCAGAGCUGGAUGCAUACAAGAAAACGGAAGCGAAGGCCGAUCCUGCGCUGUUGGAUAAGGUGCGCAAACUACUGCAGCAGCAUGAUGAGCUGAAGAAGAGCGAGGCGGAGUUUAAGGAAAGCUGCCGCACAGAUCUGGCCAACUUGCAGCAACGAAUCGAUGAACUGGAGUCAUUUAACGCACAGGAUGUGGAGGCGCAGGCCGCCGCGAUAGCUGGUGAGCAGAAGCGACUGCAAGAGCUGCGUCUGCAUUUGGCCAAGCGGAAUCGCGGCAUUGUUGCCAUUGAACGUAAACUGGACGCGAUACCCGAUCGCACAGAGCUGGCCCAGUAUCAACGACGCUUCCAUGAGCUAUACAACGAUAUGAGUGCCAAGCAUUUAGAAACUAAGCAAUAUUACACACUGUACAACACACUUAAUGACAAGAAACGUUACCUGGAGAAGGAGCUUUCGCUGCUUAACUCCAUUUGCGAGGCCUACAACGAGGGCAUGCUCAGUCCGCAUGGUCGGGAGGAUUUCAUACGGCAAUUCGAGACGAUUGUCGAUGGUGUCAAGAGUGCUCAAGAUAAAGUCCGCCACAAAUACAAUGAGGAGCGAAUGCGACGCGACGAGCUCAACGAGGAGCUGCUGGGACUCCUCGAAUUACAACGUCAGUAUGCGGCCGCUGUCAAGCAGCUUACCCGAGAGUGUCAGCGUUGCGAACAACUCCAACAGCAUCUCAAGUCAAUUCAAAAGUGAACGCAGUAGAAUCAACAUAUUUACAAACUACUUUAAAGUAAAAUUAUUAUGUUUAGUCAACUGUAGGCAUUGCUAAUUAGCCUUUUUGUUAUGCUAAAUUAUAAAUAUAUUAAGUUAUAUUCCCGGUUUAUCACUUCUGCAUACAAACUAA